AAAAUCAUUUGCUUUGCUCAUAACUUUAUUUCAUUCAUCAACUUUCUUCUUAUGCGUAAAGUUUAGUUUGCGGAAAAAUAACAUUGAACUUCGGGAGCAAAUAUAUACUUCGACAAAAGUAACAAAUUGAAUUGUUUUGUAAUUUCGUGUAAAUUUCUUAUUGCAAUCUGUUAUUUUAAGUGCUUAUGUGCAAUAAAUAUCUAUGAUCAACAAAAUGUGGGUUUUUUCUUGGUCAGUUUUUUAAGGCACGAGACAUAAAGAAACGUAGAAGAAGACGUAAGUGUAAGAAGUGAGAUUCAAGUGAAAAACAAGAAUGCUUCAAGAAAGCGUAGGAAGCGAUGAUUCUGUUAUUAUUUUUUGCGUUUAUAUUGCAAAUGUUUGUUUUUUCUAAAUUUAUAAUUUUUGUAAACUAGUUCAUUUUUGCUAGAGCGAUGAAAAAAAUUGCUACAAUUUCCAAAUGAAAGGGCAGGUUACUGCUUUAGUGUCAGCUGUGUUUCCACAACCUAAGUGAAGAGGCAGACAAGAAACUCAUAGAACCCUUUUCAUAACCCGCAGUACUAAUGUAAUAUUUGGAAGUGUAUAAUAUGCGCGAGAUCCUAUUCCUCAUUAAUGCAUAACAUUUAAUACUGAUAAGGGCGGAGCGUACAAGUGCGGGUGGUAAAUGAGUGUCGGCAAAAGUUACGGUAAGCGAGAGUGAUUCCGAAGAAAAGUGAAAGUCGAAUUCAUGAAAUAGUAAUCACCGACAGUGCACCUAGGAAUGCAAGUAGAUUUGUAUAUGUACACUGCAGUAUAUCAAUAAGUCGACAGUGGUGGAUAAUUUCAUUUGACAAAUGCGGUGAAGGUCAAUAAUUGUGUGUAGUUAACUAUGAAAACAAAUAUAUUUAUAUAUAAUGUGAAUACCUUAGUAUGAGGAUGAAUUUAAUAAUGUUUUAAUUGAGUUGUUUAGUGUUCUAUAGUUAAAAUAUCAUGUAAAAAUAAAAUAAAAGUGAAGUGUAUCUAAUUGAGCUUGCUGACACAUAUUUGGUAAUCUGCCUUAAUAAAACGUUAUGUGCGACAAUGCAGCAGGAAGGCGUUAUCAUGUUUUACCAGUCCAAAAAAAAUAAUGCAAUACAAAAUUAACCCGCCGAUACUGAGGAUAGAAGCAUGUUAGCAAAGAAAUAAGACUAAUUGCUGAAAGCCUUGCAUACUAUAAAAUAAUAUGUUCAAUAUCUAGUUUUUUUAUAUAUCGAAUGCUAACUUUCUACGUUGCCAGCGAAAAUCUUGUGGCGUAUAAAUAAAAAGAAAUGCUAGAGAUAUGUAAAGCUUACAAUCACCAAAAUUUAGAUAACAAAUUGGCUCGAGGGCGAGAUAGGCGCGCGAAACCGCUCGGUCAGUAGUCAGUCGACAAGCCGCGUGUGCAGUUGAAGCGUAAAGUAUCGACAGCGUUGAAGGCGGAUUAGCGUCAAAGCGACAAACAGCAAACGGAAAAAGUGAGAGGCCGAACAUCCAUACUUAUGUAUGUAGCAUGCGUGUCAAUUUGUCGUGUAAUGUAGUGGGACUCGAAUUGAAUUAGUAGCGAACUGUAAAGUGAGAAUGAACGUCGGACGGUUUACACUAAAAAAAUAAUACAUUUGAGAAAAUAAAUAAUUCCUUUCGCCAUCGGAUUUCACAAAUGAUUAUGAAAUGAAAUGUGACAACUUGCAACAAUUUGCCGCGACCAACAAUGUAUGCAACGAAAUAUGGCCUGCAACCGGCAAACGCAACACAAUGCCGCUACUUCGGUGCGCCAUGCGGCGAUUUGACAAGAGCCAGUGAGCGAAAUGGGCACAGCGCAUGCGCAAAUGAAAAGUGUUGAGUACAUAAAAAUUUGGAAACAUAUCAAAUGGCGGCAACACCAUAAACAUACGAGAGCAUUAAAUGUGGCAAGCAGGUAGAGACUUGUUGUUGAAAGCACACAGCGCGAGCAAGCGGUUAGUGAGCCAACUUUGAGUGUUAAAAAGUGGAAGUUUUCAAAAAAUAUUAUUUUAGAAGUUGUGAAAAGUGUUUGAAAGAUUCGCGCGGUGUGAAUUUUGGCUUCUUCGGUGCAUGUGUGAAGACUAAACAAAUGUUUUUAAAACAAAGUUUAAUUAAGAAAAAUAGUGAAAUGUAAUAAAAUAAUAUAUUUUAUUAAAACAGUAAAUUUAGAAAAAAAAUUAGCAUAAAGGAUUUUAACUUUAACUCAGCCAUAAAUAUAUAUAUAUAUAAGCUACCUAAUGAAAGCUACAGCUUAAGAUUGUCAUGCGAUUUUUUUUUUUCAAUUUUAAAUCACAUUAUUCCGUACUUAAUUUUUUGUGCAUAUUAUUAGCCCACUUUUGUGAUCAAUAAUUAGCGAUAAGUAAAUAAAAAUUAGUUUUUGCACAAAAGCAGAACAAUUCAAACAGUUUCAACAAAACUUUCAACGCCAUAAGCAACUAAAGUAAAGGAAAGCUACACAAAACUGGUGAAGCUUCAUAAAACUGGUGAAAGCUUCGCCCAAAGCGAGAAAUCUUCGCUAAAAUUGUAAAAGCUGCACAAAAUAACGUGAAAGUUCAUCUGUGAAAGAAAAGCAAUAAAGCUUUGAAACAUAUCUCGAAUAAAGCGCUGCUGCAAGAGAAACCGUUAGACGUAUGGAAAUCAGCAACGCCACCACCGAGCGAAGAUUCCAAAUAAAAAAUUAAGUUCUAAUUUACAACAAAACCCCGAACCGCAACAAAUUCCACAGCGAAAAAAUUUAACGUGUGGCAACAACAACAAUAGCACAUCAUACCAAAUGACAAUAUCAAAUCGUUUGAAUCGCAGGCGAAACAUCCACAAUAACAACGGUGACAACAACACCGGCGAUACUGAAUUAUUGCUGGUAGGAGCAACAACAAAAACUACACAGAGCUUAGCAAGCGGGCGCAUUAAACGCUCUCGUUGUGCAGCAGCAGCCGUCAAAAUGUCAGCGCUCAACCAACAGGCGACAGACGAUAUGACAACUACAACAACAAGAGAGAUGAAUACUGACAACGCUACAAUGAACGGGAAUUCAGCUCACAACGGCAGUGUGCGGAUGAGCAAGUUUUUGGCCGGGAAAUCGCUCAAAUAUGAGCGCCUCAUAAAUCAACCGAAAAAUACCGGUACAACGGCAACAGCAAAAACUAUAACAAAAGCAAUUGAUGGCAUAACAUCCGAAGCGGCGCUAAAUACUAACGGUAAUGAGUGGCUGCCACAUCAGCAACAACACUGGCGCUUGCAAGAUGAGGCCACAGGAACGAUGUCCUCGUGGCUCGAUGCCCAUUCAUCGUCAACGCCCGCAACAGCGACGUCCGCGGCAGCAAUGAAGAAUUGGCAAGCACAUUCGGAAGGCGCGGAAACGCAUUUAUCACCAGCAGUCAACGGUGUGGAUGUAGUAAAUGCGAAUGCCAAAGCGCCAGCGAAAAUGCGAAGCCGCCGUGCCAAUGCCAAUGGUGGCAGUGGUGGCCAUAGCUGGAGUGGCAAUUAUCAACAGCAGCAUCCGCAUACGCCACAACCACAGCCACAACCAACGCCGACAACAGCGACAACUCUGGUGGCGGGUACAACAAAACCAACACAGUCGGCGCGCAUACAAAGCCAAACCGUUAACAAUGGCGGCGGCUUUGGCAACAUAACCGGUAAUGGCAACAGUUAUGGCAGCGGUAAUAAUGUGAAAUAUUUUGGCAAUGGCGUCGACUGUGAUGGCACAUCUGCGUCCGACACGGUUGCCCUGCUCAGCGCGUUGCCAACGGACGGCGAACAGCAACAGCCGACCAGGAAUUGGCACAGCAACAGUGCCAACUUGACGCGCAGCAGUAAAGGUUUCUACUACACCUCCGUCGACAGCGGUGCUGACUUCGAUGUAACUUACCCGUCGCAAGCGCCAUCCGCGUCCGAUUCGCCGCUGUACUACUCAUCAGCUGCGUCGUCCGCGCGUUCCGCCUCCUCACCCGCCGAUUUUUAUAUGUCCAACGGUGCCUCGGCCUCUUCGCCGUCCAUGUCGGGGUCGGGGUCGAGCUCUGCGCAUGGGUCAUCAUCCGCUGCCGUUGCAUUGGCAUGUAAUUGUUGCAGUAAUUUAAUUGCCCGCUGCUGCUUCGGCAUACCACUGUUGAAGGCAAUCAACGUGCGUCGCUGUGUGUUGGCAUUGUUCGCCAUAACGGUCGUUACGAUAUUUUACUACACUCAUUACGUUGAUACGGGCGUUUUUGUCGGUUUAAUUCAGCGUGACACCCGUCCCUCUCCCCUUAUCAACUGCCGAAUGGUUAGCGGGAAGCACACACGCGAAUCAUCACGAGCGCCAGAUCAUCGUUCAGAGGCACGACUGCGCAUCGAUCCGAAGGUGUUGGUGUUCGUGGAGACAACAUACUCAGGACUUGGGCGAGAUAUUGCAGAACUAUUGGUCUACAAUAGAAUUAAGUACAAAAUCGAAGUAGCUGGCAAAAGUCUUCCAGUGUUAACGAAUCUCGACAAAGGCCGCUACGGUGUGAUCGUUUUCGAAAAUCUCGACAAAUACUUGAAUAUGGACAAAUGGAAUCGUGAGCUACUGGAUAAAUACUGUCGUGAAUACUCCGUGGGCAUAGUAGGUUUUGUCAGCCCGAGUGAGGAGACUUUGGUGGCUGCGCAGCUGCGCGGUUUUCCGCUCUACAUACAUACAAAUUUGCGCCUACGUGAUGCUAGCCUCAAUCCCGUCUCGCCAGUAUUGCGUCUGACGCGUGCCGGUGAGACAGCGUGGGGCGCAUUACCCGGCGAUGAUUGGGCGGUCUUCCAACACAACCAUACUACCUACGAACCGGUUGAAUGGGCGCAGCGCAACACGCAGGAUUAUCCAUCAGACAGCGGCGGUCAAGUGCAAUUGCCACUUACCACUGUGCUGCAAGAUCAUGGACACUUUGAUGGCAUACAGCGCGUUUUCUUCGGCAGCAGUUUGCGUUUCUGGUUGCACCGCCUGCUAUUUUUGGACGCGCUGUCGUACUUGAGUCACGGUCAGCUGAGCUUAAGUCUUGAGCGUAUGAUAUUAGUGGAUAUCGACGAUAUUUUCGUGGGUGAGCGGGGCACGCGCUUGCGGCCCGACGACGUGCAGGCGCUUAUAGCCACACAGCGUAUUAUUGCUUCGAUGGUGCCGGGUUUCCGCUUCAAUUUGGGUUUCUCCGGCAAAUUCUAUCAUCACGGCGAGCGUGAAGAGAAUUUGGGCGAUGACUAUUUAUUGCGCAAUGUGCAGGAAUUCAAUUGGUUUUCGCACAUGUGGAAGCACCAGCAGCCACAUCUAUAUGACAACCUGACUUUGCUUAUGUCAGAGAUGCAACUGAAUUACGCCUUUGCCAAGGAGCACAACAUACCCACUGACUCCGGCUACUCAAUAUCACCGCAUCAUUCGGGUGUAUAUCCGGCGCAUGAAAUACUCUACAUAGCGUGGAAGAAAGUUUGGAAUGUAAAAGUCACUUCUACGGAAGAGUACCCACAUUUGCGGCCUGCACGCUUACGGCGUGGCUUCAUACACCGCGACAUAAUGGUGUUGCCACGGCAGACAUGCGGUCUCUUCACACACACCAUGUACAUCGAUCGCUAUCCUGGCGGGCGUGAUAAGCUUGACGAAUCGAUACAGGGUGGCGAACUCUUCCAAACUAUAGUCUAUAAUCCUAUCAAUAUUUUCAUGACUCAUAUGUCUAACUAUGGUUCGGAUCGGCUGGCUUUAUAUACGUUCCAAUCGGUGAUAAAGUUCCUGCAAUGCUGGACUAACCUGAAACUCAGCUCAGCGCCGCCAAUUCAACUAGCGGAAAUGUAUUUCCGUCUACAUCCCGAAGAAGUGGAUCCUGUUUGGGGUAAUCCGUGCGACGAUCCACGCCAUAAGAAAAUCUGGUCGAAAAAGAAAAGCUGUGAUUCUUUGCCCAAAUUUCUAGUGAUUGGUCCACAGAAAACGGGUACAACUGCACUCUACACAUUCCUCUCUAUGCACUCAAGCAUCACUAGUAAUAUACCCAGCCCCGACACUUACGAAGAAAUACAAUUCUUCAACGGCAACAAUUAUUAUCGCGGCCUCGACUGGUACAUGGACUUCUUUCCGUCUGACUCGAACCCCAACACCACCGUGGCAACCACAACGCGUUACAUGUUUGAGAAAAGUGCGACCUAUUUCGAUGGUGAAGCCGUUCCAAAACGUGCUCACGCUCUCCUACCGCAUGCAAAGAUUGUAUCGAUUCUCAUCUCGCCAGCGAAGCGCGCCUAUUCGUGGUAUCAGCAUCAACGGGCACAUGGUGAUGCCAUCGCCAAUAACUACAGUUUCUAUCAAGUAAUCACAGCCAGCGACUCGGCGCCGAAAGCUCUAAAAGAUUUACGUAAUCGCUGCUUGAAUCCCGGCAAAUACGCCCAGCACCUGGAGCACUGGCUGGCCUACUAUCCCGCCCAACAACUGCAUAUCAUCGAUGGCGAACAGUUACGACUCAACCCCGUGGAUGUGAUGAGCGAUUUGCAGCGCUUCCUCAAAAUACAACCGACGCUCGACUAUUCGAAUCAUUUGCGUUUCGAUGCGAAGAAGGGAUUCUUUUGUCAGGCUCUCAGCGAAAAGCGCAAUAAAUGUCUGGGCAAAUCGAAGGGCCGGCAGUACCCGUCGAUGGACGAGCGCAGCGCCAAGCUGCUGCAGCGCUACUAUCUAAGCCACAAUACAGCACUGGUGAAGCUGCUCAAGAAGCUGGGCUCACGGCCCAUACCACAGUGGCUGAAAGACGACCUCUCGACAGGCACGUGAUAGCUAAUGCAAUUCCGGCGACUGCGCAACAAGCUGCGAAAACAAUUCGAAUUGGUAUUUGUAAGACUCAAACAACAAACGGACACGAACAACGACAACGAGAUGGCAGAGGAGGAGGACACGCCUAAAAGUAUACCAUACAGACAUCACAGACGCAACAGCUGGACACGCUAUUAGGACGGCACUGGCUUGUGGAGAACGUUAGGCGGCUCAGAGAAUUCUAAAUUGCAAGUUUGUAGAGGAAUGUGAAAUGAACUAAGCGAUUAGGCGAAGAAAAGAAUAAUGUGAAACAGUUGAAGUCAAUAUCUAAUUUGUGUAGCUACUGAAUCAUGCAUAUUGUGUAACUACCUAGUUUAAGACAAAAGAACUAAAAAUCUGUUAUAAGUAAGUAUGUAUACGAUCAUGUAAAUGUAGUGUUAAGUAAAUAUAUGUAACUAUGUAUAUGUAAAUGUAUGCGAGGCAAUAUGGCUGCAGUCGCAAAGUCACUCGACUGUAUUUUAUGUAAUUAAUAAUUAUUAUACGCUUGUAUGUGUGACCUUACGUGUGUACACAUGUAUUUGUUUACUUUAUGUUUGUGUAUAUAUAUAUGCCUAACAUUAUAUAAAUAGAUAUUAGGAAACUAUGUGCAUAGUGUAUAAAUGUGUUAAAGCCAUAUUACAUGUGUAAGUGUGUACAUAAACAUACAAACAUAUAUACAAAAUUAUAAAAAUUUAAUAAAUUAAUGUGUUUUAGUAAAAGCUAGUGCAUACAUAUCUCAUAAGUACUGUACAGUUGUUGUAAUAAAUGUAAUCAGCAGCUUUAAUUAUGUCGCUAAUUAUGUGCAAAACAAAAACAACACAACAAAAAGCAGCUUGGCAGAAAGUUAUAGGUAACAAAAUUCAUUUGUAGACGUCUCUUCAGAGCUGCCAGCUAAUUCCAAAAUUAUAAUGUAAUUGAAAAUGUAUUUUUUUAACACGCGCAUGUUUGGGAAAAACAAGGUUUCUCGAUAAUAUGUAUGGGAGCUGUGAAGGAAGGCCUUACACCAGCUAGUGUGUACAGAGUGAUUCGUAAAACAAUGCCGAAAAUGCUAACUACUUUAAAUAAUGUUUAUGGAAAUAGCUUUUGAAAUUUAGUCGACGAAAUGUAAAAUAAAAUAUUCAGCUUGUGAAUUUUUACUAA